AUGGCCAUGGCAAACGAAGACACUAAAGAAGUAAAAAGCUUGCUGCAAAAUCAAGAUGCAACAAAAGAUAAACUCGCAGAUACGCUGAAAGCACAAUCGCUGCCGAGCAAAGGGGCAACAUCUGAUCAAUCAAAAUCCCCACAAAAGAAUAACAACAAGAACGAUAACAACACACCCAGCAGUCAAUCAAAAGCAGCCACUCCAUCGUCAGGGUCAUCAUCUUCAUCCACAAGAGGCUCCAAAGGUGUUGCCAGUAUAGACAAAUACAAUGAGCUAAAAAAGAAGCUUACUCAGCAAAUUCUCAAAAAACAAGAACUCACCAACAAGUUAUCCAAAUUGGAAGACACCAUAUAUCAAAAGGAAUCCAGCUAUUUUGAAGAGAGCUACUCGGGCAACAUAGUGAAAGGGUUUGAAAAUUUUUCCAAGUCAAGUGGUGGUGGUGCAGGUGCAUCAGGAGGAGGUGCAGGCUCAGGCGCAUCGGGAUUCAAAAGAAGAAUAGUGUACACAGAAGAUGAUCAUAUAUUCAGUCUAAGCUCAAUUUCUUUUGUGAAGAAUAUGGUGAAAAGACAUGGGGCUGGGUACGUUAAUGGCUCCUUGAGUAAUGGUCCCGCCACCUCUAUUAUCAACUCAAAAGAUGAAUUAGAUGAUUAUGAAGAUUCAGUCGAUCCAACCACUGCCAAUUUGGGAGUCAAACUGAGCAGUCAAGCUACUGCAACUACUGCCAGUCCUGCUGCUGCUGCUGCUGCUGCUGCUGCUACUGUUACUGCCGCUGCCACUGUUUCUGCAGACGGCGCCAAGAGUGAGACAAGUCGAUCAAGUACACCUUCGCGGAAGAGAAAAGCAAGAACUAUAGAGGACUAA